AAGAACGUCGCAUUACGCCGCCUGCGCUAGUUUUCCUACUGCGCAUGCGCAUAAUUUCCUUACCGCUUCUGGCAGCAUCUGUUUUUGUGCUAACGCGAAUAAUGACGUCAUAGUCGUUGGGCCCGCGAGGUUCCGGAAGCAGAUGAGGGGUGCGUGAGGCCGCUGUGCGAGGAUUGUGCUACAUAGCAACGUGAGCUAUGGCUAGGCAUCGCAAUGUGCGUGGAUACAACUACGACGAUGACUUUGAUGACGAUGAUCUGUAUGGACAGUCUGUUGAGGAUGACUAUUGCAUUUCCCCAGCAACAGCUGCUCAGUUUAUAUACAAGCGGGACAGGCAAACAAGUUUUACAGAACCAUUAGAAGAAGAAGAGGAGGGUGAAUAUGAAGAACUCGAUAAGCUGAAAGCAACUGACUCAUCUCUAAGUGCUGUCGAUCAAGCCAGACUCUAUUCCUGCCUUGACCAUAUGAGAGAAGUCUUGGGAGAAUCCGUGAUGGAACAAGUUAUGAUUGAUGCUGUUUUGAAAUGUCAGUUUGAUGUAGCCAAGGCUCUAGACUUAGUAUUUAAACAAGACUGCAACAAAAACAUCAAACCAGCCAAUCAAGAAUUAAUUUCAGGGAAACCAACAAAAGAAGCCAUUUUUUCUCCUACAAAAAACUUAAAUAAUGACUCUUGUUCUUUGGAAAAGCAUGCACAAUACCCCUUGGAUAGUGAUUUGAAAAAUCAGUCUUCACUUUGUUAUACUGUUGGUACUAGGUCAGAAAAUUGGAGUAUUGCUUCUGAUAUUACCUCUAAUCUUUCUUUGUCAACACUGAUAUCUGCAAGUCCAGGUCAAACAUUUAACAUUACCAAGCCAGAUUCAUUUUCUAAUAUCAGUCUUCUUGACCUGAUCACAAACUCAAAGGUAGAUUCUGAUACUGGGAAAGAAUCAGACUUGUUUGACGUAAAGCUUUCUGAAAUUGCACCUGUACAACCCAAGGUUUUGCGCAAAUCUCCAGAUGUACCGCUUUUGCAGACAGGGAAUAAUACCUCCAUGGAUGUAUUACAGAACAAGCAAGAAAAUAUGGAAAAUUCUGGGUACAACUUAAAAGAUAUUCAGGAUGAGUGGUUUCCUACAAAAAUGGUGCAAGAUGUAUUUCAUAAAGAGGGUGAUUUGUUUGGUAGCCUAAGCUGUGUUCUGCAAAAUACUGAAAAGGAUCCGACAGUGUCAAAAUACGGCAGUCCGUCACUUGCAGAUCUGAUUCACGAGCAUUAUGAUAUGAAUUCCUUGGAGGAUAUGUCUCUUAUUAGCCCUCAGCACAAUCCACCCAGUAAGGGAGAACUGGCAACUGACUCUGUGUUAUUACAGUUGUCAGAUCAGUCAAAUGCAGCAUUUGAAAUGCCCUCCCUUUCACUUUCUUUAUCAUCUUUAUCAAUGUCUGAUACUGUAAAUACUGAAGCUACUCCUGUAUCCUUAUCUGAUCUUAUUGCCCAAUCAAAUAGGCACCUAAACAACAAUCAACACAACUUAAUAUUAUCCCCUACAGUGCCAUUAAUUGAAGCAAAUAAGGGCAUUGAUCUCAGUGUCCUCAUUAACAGCCCUGAAAAAAGUGAAAAUGGUCAUGUAAACCAAAAAUGUUUGUCUGCAGAGCUGAGGGAGCCUGAAAAUUAUCCUAAGAAAUAUUCUAAUUCUAAGCAAAUGCAUGUUUCUAAGGGUUUUAAGAAAUGUACAUCCAGAGCAAGGAUUCUGAAAGCCAGACCGUCUGCAUUUGCUCUGACUUUAUGUUUUACUUACAUUCCUAAGACAUUCAAAAAGGAAAUAAUAAUGAGUCACCAAUAUCCCCAUAAUAAUAUGUUUGAGUUAACCAGGGAAACUAACAAUCCAGCACUCGUACCAUUUGAUUUUCAAACACCUUCUCCUGAUGAUAUUGUGAAGGAAAAUCAGAAAAAGGCUUUUGGUAGAUAAAAACCGAAGUACACAUCUUUUUUUGUUUGUUUGUUUUUAAAAAAAACAUGCUCUCUUGAUAUUUUAGUGGGGGAUUGCUAUGACUUUUCGUAUUAUAUUGUUAGGAAACAUUUGUAAUUAAUUGUCUUUUACAUACAAUUUUAGUUUGCUAAUUAUUCAGCAGCCUUUGACACUUAAGUUUGUCCAAAAGCAUUCCAUAGGGUAGUAUUUUAGAUGAAAAGUGCUUGAUCAUGAACUGCUUCUGGAGGGCUACUUGAUGAUACAUCCUACUGUUCACUGCCAGUUUUGUACCUCUGUGUAAGGGGAAACCCACAUUUUUUUGUAAUCACAUUUCUUUGUACAUAGACCGCUGUUGCAUCCUCUGCAUUUUUUAUUUUUAUUUUUUUUACUUUUUUUGAGCCGUAUUUGAACAAAAUUUAUGUAACCAAAGCUUUAUUUUACUAAAGCAAUUUAAAAAAAAGUAUUUUUAUUACAGUCAGAUUGUGAGGAUUCUCUUAUUGUUGAAAUCUGAUUUUAAAAUAUUGUACCUAGCAUGAUAGCACAUUCCUAAUUCUCUGCAGAAUAAAUAUUUUGUUUUCCAAAGCAAAGUCAAUAUGGGAAAAAGAACUGUCUUGAUGUGUGCUCCUUUGAAAUGGCUUACAGUUCUAAAUAUUUCUUGUGUUAUGUUCAGUAGCUUUGUUAAAUAGUUGUAAAGCUGAACAUUUUUGCACUGAACCCAGUUGUUUUCUUUUUUCUACAUACACCAACAGACCAGUUGUAUAAGAUUUUGAUCCCUUUGGUCUUCACUGGGAGAACCUCUGGAAUAAAAAUGCUUGACUGAAAAACAUUUGGUCAACCAUAGCAUACAGUUGCUUGGGAACAUAGUUGUUCCUGAGAGAUACCCACCUACUGGAGCAACUAUCAAGUGGCCUUUCUAUGAAUUGGAAGUGGCCGCUGACAAAUAUGGAACAGUGUUCUUACUAUUUCUGGUUCUUGCUGAAAGGGCCAUCAUAGUAAAAACUCCUGUGUGCCCUAUACUGUAUGUAGCAAAUGAUUCACUGAGUACUUUUGAUGUUCUUAAUACUCUUUCUUUGCAAUUAUGCAAUGUAUGUAUGCCCAGUGCUAGUGAAUUUGCAACUUUUUACAUUCCUGGGAUUUCUUGGAGCUGAAGGCAGACUACGGUAUUUUUGCUGUGUUGUGGUAGCUCAGCUGCAAAACUGAAAUUUAAUUAUAUUUCCCAACUUUAUUUAAUAAUGAUCAGACGUGUAUUUGGCUCUGCUUUAUGCCUUUACUUUUUAUGCACUGAUGCUCUACUAAAUAUAGUGUAGCUGCUGCCUUUUUAUAGUUGUAAAUAAUGAUAUUGCCAGGACAUGAACCUCUUUACAAAUGUAAAUGCAUUAUAACUAAUCUUUUGUGUAGUUCAAUGAUGAUGGAAGUGCUGCCCUGUAUUUGUACCAUAACAUGUAUUUUUACUUCAACAAUUUGUUUUUUUAAAGAGAAGAUUAAUGUUGCUGUAUGGUUAUAUGUACAGAAAAUAAAGCUACUGAAAAAAAAAACUUUAAAUAGUGCUUUUAUGCAAAAAUACCUAUAUUGGAGCAAUAAAGCAGGUAACAUUGAUACUAGUAUUUAUAUAUCCAAUGUUGAUUUUAAAUUUCUACUCGGCAUAGUUAUGUUGGGCAACACAAAAAUGCUGGGAAAUGAGCCCACAGGACAUUACUAGAGGCCUGCAUUAGAAGGCUUAAAUAAAGAUCUAUCAAGUGGUGUUUAUCACCAAUGCUCCUAAUUGGUAACUUUUUAUAGCAAAGCUUCCUUGCACCUUGUCCUACAGUCAUGUCACUUCAUAAAGCAAGAACCCUCCGAAGCUAUGGAUAUGUCUUUGUAUAAUAUCCAGAUCCUUUUCAUGUAUUCAAUAACGUUUCCUUCAACCUCUUUUUAUGACCUCAUCCAUGCAUUGUAUAUAGUCCAUACAACAUCUGCAGUUAUUAAAAAAAAAAAAAAAAAAAAAAAAA